GUAAUUUGAGCUUCCUGAGAGUGUCUGACUGACUGACGCGGGAGCACGUUGGCUUCUGGAGCAUUCAAACUUCCGAGGGGUUGGGGCUUAGCACCCGUUACCUUCACAGACGUAGUCGCAGACAAUUCCACCACUGUCUUCGACAUUGGAACGAACACAAUUCAAAUCGUCAGGACUCGGUGGCCCCUCUGGACUGGUCUUCCGAACAAUCACAGCAUGAGGAUGAUGACGGCUACGACUCAACUCGACGGGCAUUGGUUUUGAAAGGGAUUCAACAUGAACUGGGAUGGAGAUGCAGAGCCUGGAGAUGUGGGAAGAUUGCGGUGCUUGCUGGACAACGUCCAGGGCUUGGUUGAUGCUUUGACUUCUGUACGCUGGAAGAAGCAACAGGAUGCACUAUGUGAGAUCUCUGAGCAUGGAAUGGUGUUCACUGUCGAGGAAUGGUCAUGUCUGCAGGCCCGUGUGUACUUCAGAAAGGAGCUCUUCCGAACAUACGACUACCAAGCCCAAGUACGCCCUCGAUUUGGCGUGAGUCUCAAUCUCCUCGUAGAUUGCCUCAACACCUUCACAUCCUCCACAGGGUCCACUGCACUGGAACUUCGAUAUCCUGGCUUUGAUAUGCAACUCAUGCUCAAGUUGGUCGAUGCCAAUAAUAUAUGCCACAGUGCCGAAAUUAGAACUCUGAUACCAGACACAAUUCCUCGAGAUUUUAGCGCCGAUGGGAACUUUGAUGGUCAAUCUCCCACGUGCUUUGCUGUCAAGUCAUCUUCUCUCAAGGAAGCGAUUGACGAUCUUGAAUGGCCUGGUUCCAGCAUUCAAAUCAAGAUGUGUCCUGAUCCUCCUCAAGUGGUUUUCAAAGGAGAGGGGCAUGGAGACUUGCAGAUUGUAUUUCCUUACAGCGUACACGCAGAUCUCUUCAUUGCUUUCCAAUGCGAGCGCGAGGUUUCCUACAGAUACAAGUACAAGCAUUUGAGGGCGACAACGGCCAACAUACCGAGCAGCAUUCUGAAGGAUAACAGAGGAAGUAAAUUGACAAUCGGAGAAGGUGGUCUUCUGAAAGUCCAGCAUCUGAUCUCUGUCCGACAGAACCCAAUGGAUCAUAACCAUAAUUACCAAACACAGGGAGUAAGAGUUUCGUACAUAGAGUUCUAUGUUAUGCCAGAUGAAGAUGAACCGGACUCACCCCCAUCCAGUUAGCUUGUAGCACGUUAUACAUGUACAGAUUCGUUCUAGAUUCCUGGUAGUCACAUCUACAAAAGUCUUGCACUUACAUCUCUGAGGAAAGUGAUGUUACUAAAUCCCUAGAAUAUUCACCUAGAACUUCGGUCCACUUUGUCGAGACAGUAGCAAAGCUUUAAUUGUAUAGCAUUUUCAAUUUAAUUCAAGCAAAAGAGAUCAAAUCAUGAAAUUCAAGGGC